GAUUUUCGAGAUCAUGAUUGAGACAAAAAUAGGAGAAAAGCGUGAAAUAGAGGUAACUUGACUUGAUUUGCGGAAAUAAAUGACAGAGUUUGACAAAAUCUGUCAGAGGUCCAUAAUAGCAACAAGCAGAAAAUUUAAUUUGACUCACCGUGUCAUUCAUACUUUGAAGCCCACCGAGGAAAAACUAACAAACAGUUCAUCUAAAGCAAAACAGAACGAUCUCGAUAUGCUCUCACUUAUCCUCCUCGUUGCGGUUACUCCUGCGAUCACGUCUUUCGAUUAUUUUGGACAUAACUGCUCUUCGUAUUUUAUAUUAUCGUUCCUAAAAAUCCCUCCCACUGUUGAAGGUAUUGGCACGUUUAAGGCUAAUAGCGAACUCGCCUGCGCAUCACGAUGUUGUCAUCACAGAGCGUGCACAGAUGCCGUGCUUUGCAAAGCUGCUAGAAUGUGUUCCUUAUAUAACGCAAAGGAAACGAUUUUAACAGAAUUCCAGACGGAAUCUCAAGAGGCUAGGACCAGAUACAUUAGGAUAAAAAAGGUGAUUAUACCAGAAACUCUACGAACCCAAGGAAAGUAUACCAUUGAUGCUGCAAGAAACACGUAUACAGGUAUAUAUGUGAUAAUGUGGAUAACUGUACCAACGAGACCUCAAAAAUAAACAUAAUAUAUAACAAUCAAAAGGCUAGGUUGUAAAUUUUGUAUCAAAUCGACACGAUGUCACUAGAUGACAACAUAAAAGUUUUUCUGAAUACAUAAACAGCAUUGUAACAAUUUGGGAAAUUCAGGAUUAAAAUCUCCGUUUUCCCCGAGAGCUGAAGAGGACUUAAGGGCACAAUAUGUCAGUUAGUAAAUAGGGAAAGUUCCAAUGAGUUUCGGCGUAAGAUUUACUUUCAGGCAGAAGGAAAGAGUUAUUCUAAGGAUGCAAGCUACCAUCUAAUCGGUUUGUUUGUCAUGAAUUGUAAUCUCAGAAAUAGAGUAAUUUACAGUGGAGAAGAGUUCUGUUUUGGAAAUGACCUUGGAAGGCUGAAUAUGUU